AUGCGUUCAUAUCCCUCCUCAAAAGUGCUCGGCCUCCUCUUGGUCGCAGCCUCGCUCCUGUUUUUGGCUACCACAGUCGCAGCCGCAUCUUCCGAUUCCUCUUCGAUAUCCAACGCGGACCUUUCAGCGUUGAAAGGUAGCAAAUCUCACCACCACCACAAUCAUGGCGGUCGCGGCAAGAAACACGUUCGGGACGAAUGGAGCAGCAUCAUGGGCUGCAACAGGAUCGCAUGCUGGGUAAUUGUCUAUUCGCCUCAAAUGCAUCAAAACUACGUUUCCAAGUCUGCAGAAGGUCUCUCCAUCACCUUUGUCAUCAUCUGGCUCGCAGGUGAUGCGCUCAACGCUGCAGGCGCUUGGUUCCAGGGUCUCCUUUGGACUAUGAUCAUUUUGGCUCUCUACUACUGCGCAUGCGACUGCGUUCUCAUCUUCCAAUACUGGUACUACUCCAAAUACUACCACCGGGGAGUCAAGAUCUCCACCAUCUCCGCCUCUCUCGAAGCCAACGAGCGCACCCCACUCAUCGGCGACGGUAGCCUCAUUGAGGACGAUUAUUCCACCAAAUCCGACGAUGACGACGAAAACUCUAUCCGCAACUCGAUCAUAAUGUACACCCUCGCUGCACUCCUCGUGGUCGCCACAGGCGUUGCUGCAUGGUGGGUCGCAGAACACGGUUACGGCAACCAUGGCUCUACCAAACAGCCCAAAUCUGUCCCAGAACCUGUUGGUUGGCGAUGGGAUGCUCAGGUCGCCGGCUGGCUUUCCGCCGUACUCUACCUCUCCUCGCGCGUGCCACAGAUCACCAAGAACCGCACAACAAAGUGCGAAGGUCUUUCCCUCGCACUGUUUGUCUUUGCUGUUGCAGGAAACUUGACAUAUGUCGCGAGUAUCUUGUUGAAGAGCACACAGCACGAUUAUCUGGUAGAGAGCUUCUCCUGGCUGGUCGGAAGUUUGGGGACAGUGUUCUUGGAUUUCAUUGUGUUGGGACAAUUCAUUCACUACAGGAAAGCUAGGAAGGAGAUUCACAGGUUGAGGAGGUCCAGUAUUCACCAUCAGGAGGGAAGGCCCAGGGUCCAGCCCCAGCCAGCGGCAUAG